AGGAAGCAGCUGGUGAUGCUGGAGCCAACAUGGCCGCCCCGGCGCCGCUCGGGCCUCUGGGCUCUCGCUCGUCCCGGCUGCUCCCGCUGCUGGCGCUGCUGCAGCUGCUCGCCGAGCCCGGCCUGGGCCGCGUCCAUCAUCUCACGCUGCAGGGCGAUGUGAGGCACAAGGUCCAUCUGAACACAUUUGGGUUCUUCUCGGAGGGCAGCAUGGUGGUCAAUGUUAGCGGCAUUUCGGUGAGCAACCCUGAAGCCACCUCGGAGAGUGAUGAGGUGGGGUUUAGUCUGGACCGAACGAAGAAUGAUGGCUUUUCCUCGUACCUGGAUGAAGACAUGAAUUUCUGCGCCCUCAAGAAGCCGGUCACCUCGGACACCCGGCUCAUCCUCAAUUUCCCCAGAAGCGUAGUAACAGUAAGAUCUCCACCCGGAGCUGGGACCCUGCUGCCCGAGAUCCUCAUGAGCAAGGAUGACAGAGUGCUGGGUCAGAGCCCGGAGCCCGCAGUGGGCAACCAGACACAGCAAAAAACAGACAGCGAAAAGGUUAAACGAAGUAUAGAAGAUGCCAAGGUGACAGAGAAGAGAAAUCUGUCUGUGUUCAAUAGUGACGGGAUGCUGUCAUUCCAGUUUUAUUUCAACAUCACCAACAGUGCCCAGGAAGGCCUCUACAGCCUGUAUUUUCAUAAUUGCCUCGGGCAUGCCAAGCAAAGUGGCAAGAAGAUUUCAUUCAGUCUAGAUAUCAAGAUCAUAGAGAAGAACCCGGACAGCUUCCUGUCAGCCGGCGAGAUCCCUCUCCCGAAGUUAUACAUCUCCAUGGCCUUUUUCUUUUUCCUCUCUGGCACCAUCUGGGUUCACAUCCUUCGCAAGCAACGGAAUGACGUGUUCAAGAUUCACUGGCUCAUGGCCGCCCUCCCUUUCACCAAGUCACUCUCCUUGGUAUUCCACGCGAUCGACUACCACUACAUCUCCUGCCAGGGCUUCCCCAUCGAGGGCUGGGCUGUUGUCUACUACAUCACCCACCUCCUGAAGGGGGCGCUGCUGUUCAUCACCAUCGCACUCAUUGGCACUGGUUGGGCCUUCAUCAAGCACAUCCUCUCUGACAAAGACAAGAAGAUCUUUAUGAUCGUCAUCCCGCUGCAGGUACUGGCCAACGUGGCCUACAUUAUCAUCGAGUCCACGGAGGAGGGCACAACUGACUAUGGCCUGUGGAAAGACUCACUAUUCCUGGUGGACCUGCUGUGCUGCGGGGCCAUCCUCUUCCCUGUGGUGUGGUCAAUUCGACACUUACAGGAAGCUUCUGCCACCGACGGAAAAGCUGCCAUCAACCUGGCCAAGCUGAAGCUUUUCCGGCACUACUAUGUCCUGAUCGUGUGCUAUAUCUACUUCACCAGGAUCAUCGCCUUCCUGCUCAAGCUGGCUGUGCCCUUCCAGUGGAAGUGGCUGUACCAGCUGCUGGUAGAAAUGGCCACGCUGGUGUUCUUCGUCCUCACGGGGUACAAGUUUCGCCCCGCCUCUGACAACCCCUACCUCCAGCUCUCUCAGGAAGAUGACGACUUGGAGAUGGAGUCUGUGGUAACAACGUCGGGGGUGACCGAAAGCGUGAAGAAGGUGCGAAAGGCAACCAAUGGGGCGCUUGAGCCCCCCAGCGAUUGGGAGGCCACGGCCUGAGGUGCCACCCCGUGUCCCAACCCUGCCACGGACCAUCUGGAAAGCGGCGGCUCUGCGGCCUGUCCUGGCCGGAGGCCCAGGCGGCUGGACUUCGGCACGCUGUGGUGGUGCAGGACCCAAGACGGCUUUUUGUCUUUAAUUAAUUUAUAUUUCUUUGUACUUCACCUGGACACUCCGGAGGCACCUGCGGACCCGACCCGACCCCAGGCCUGGAGCCGAGUGGAAGAGCCAGAGGGCGAGUGACUUUCCUGCUGGCCCCCAAGCGGAGAAGGAACUGAGGGUAUUGCGAGUGCCCUGCUCGGUGGGGCACUAGGAAGGGAUUUGGGUGAGGAAGAAAAUCCUGGUCUGGGUCA